GGAAGCGGCGGGAGGCGGGCGCGGCGCGGUGCGGGGCCUGGUGCGGGGCCUGGUGCGGAUCUGUGCAGCCGGCGCCAUGUCUAUUAUGUCCCAUAAUGGCGGGGCCGUAAUGGCCAUGAAGGGGAAGAACUGCGUAGCCAUCGCUGCAGACCGGCGCUUUGGGAUUCAGGCGCAGACGGUGACCACAGACUUCCAGAAGAUUUUCCCUAUGGGAGAGAGACUGUAUAUUGGAUUGGCAGGACUGGCCACAGACGUACAGACGGUUGCCCAGAGACUGAAGUUCAAGCUGAAUCUCUACGAGCUGAAGGAAGGCAGGCAGAUCAAACCACAGACUUUUAUGAGCAUGGUUUCCAAUCUGCUGUAUGAGAGACGGUUUGGACCUUACUACACAGAACCAGUUAUUGCUGGACUGGACCCCAUAACACACGAGCCUUUCAUCUGCUCCCUAGACCUGAUCGGCUGCCCGAUGAUCACCAAUGACUUCGUGGUCAGCGGCACCUGCUCCGAGCAGAUGUAUGGCAUGUGCGAGUCCCUCUGGGAGCCUGACAUGGAACCUGAUCACCUCUUCGAGACAAUCUCGCAGGCCAUGUUGAACGCUGUGGACAGAGAUGCCAUAUCUGGGAUGGGUGUGAUAGUACACAUCAUUGAAAAAGACAAGAUCACCACCAGGACCCUGAAAGCUCGCAUGGACUAGCCCAGCAGCUCUGCUCGUGCUUCACACCCUGCUCUGCUUGGAACUUUUUUAAAAUAAAUCUCUCUGUUGCUGUGAA